AUGGGUUCAGGUGUUUCAAAAUCAAAAAUAGAUGAUGAUGAUGAUUUUUAUAAUAAUUGUAAAAAUGGUAAUGUUGAACAAGUUCAUCAAUCAUUACUUACAAUGAAUUAUAAAAGGAUCAAUCAUCAACGAAAAGAUGGUAAUACACCACUUCAUACUGCUUGUAUAAAUAAUCACAAAGAUAUUAUUAUUUUACUACUCAAUCAACAAGAUAUUUGUGCGAGAACUUUACAAAAUAAAUCUGGUAAAACUGCUUAUGAUUGUACAAAUUCUAUUGAAAUUCAACAACUAUUUCGUCGUUCUCGAUUAUCAACAAUCGAACGUUUCUGUGAAAAU